AGAGACAGAACCGUUGACCAACUGUCCUUCAAGGUGGCAGCUCUCAGGCAGGCCUUCACUACACUGUUUACUGACAGCAGAGAGUUCAUGUUGGCAGCAACUCACUGGCUUUUAGAAAGGCUGGCAACCGAAGCACAAAAGGAUGAAGAGCAGCUGUUUCAGAAAUACACCAGGCUGAGGGAGUACGCCUCAGACCACGCCCACCUAGACUCCAUCAUGCAGGAGCUGGCAGCGGAGUCGAUUCAUCACUUGAGCAUCAUAGAUGUGGUGAUUGAGCUGGUUCUGCUGCGCCUGAUCGUGUUUGGCUAUCGCCAGUCGUGUUUCAAAGGUCCAGAUUGCUUCAUGCUCCAGCUAUAUGCCCUGGUGGAAGCCUUCCUCCCCCAGGACACAAAGGGAGCCCCAGGGAAAACAUACCUGAAGAAACUGAAGAACAUUUUCUUGGACUUCCUUGACAAAAUCUUGGGUUUCCCAGAAGCCCUCUACUCCUGCCAGAACGACUUGGUCCCCAAACUAAUGCACCAUCUUGGGGCCAUGUUUUCCAAACUGCUCAGGGUGGAUGAGGACUUGACUGAGGACCAGGACCAGGACUCCUCUAAGGAGGAGGAGGACAUGACUGUGGACCAUGACUGGGACAAGGACUGGGACUGGGACCAGGGUCAAGAUGGAUGCCCAAACCCAGACCUGGACGAGGAGCAGGACUCUGAUGAUCCUGCUGGUCAUCAGCACCGUGACGCAGGAACACAGGAUGGUUAUGAUGACCGUGAAGGACUUGAGAUGGAGUCUGCUGGCUUGGAAAAGGCCAGUGGGACCCAAUCCUCUUCUUCAUCCUCCUACUCCUCCACCAGCUCCUCCACCUCCAGGGGCUCCAUGGCUCGGGCCCCUAGCCCAGAGGGAGAUCAUCUGGGGCCGCUCGGAAAGACCGACCCCCCCAUCCUCCGGAGAUGGUUCACACUGAAGAAAGAGAGGACGUCCAUCAAGGAUCAACAGACUGCGGCUGCCAAGGGCAGAAAGAGAAGCAGGAUAUUUAAGACCAACAAAGUGUCUCCCCUCAGCUCUGAACGUCCAGACCUUGGUGAGUCCUCCGUUGCCGGAGGAGAGGAGAAGAAGAAAAAGUCCAUCAAAGCUUUCUUCCGGGGGAUCUCUGUAGCUCUCUCCAGGGCUUUCUGCUUGCCUGCAUGA